UCCGUAGCGCCUUAGCCCGCUGGAGUUUCAAUGCGCGUCGUUCUUUGACGAAGGGAGUCCUAUACACCGCCCGCUGCUCUCCUGAUCAUGGCUUCUCCGAGUUCCUUCACCUACUAUUGCCCUCCAUCUUCCUCACCUGUGUGGUCAGAGCCGUUGUACAGUCUGAGGCCGGAGCACGCGCGGGAGCGGUUGCAGGACGACUCGGUGGAAACAGUCACGUCCAUAGAACAGGCAAAAGUAGAAGAAAAGAUCCAAGACGUCUUCAGUUCUUACAAGUUCAACCACCUCGUACCAAGGCUUAUUUUGCAGAGGGAGAAGCAUUUCCAUUACCUGAAAAGAGGCCUUCGACAGCUGACCGACGCCUAUGAGUGUCUGGAUGCCAGCCGCCCAUGGCUCUGCUAUUGGAUUCUGCACAGCUUGGAGCUCCUAGAUGAACCCAUCCCCCAGAUGGUGGCCACAGACGUGUGUCAGUUCCUGGAGCUGUGUCAAAGUCCAGAAGGUGGCUUUGGAGGGGGCCCUGGCCAGUACCCACACCUUGCACCCACAUAUGCAGCAGUCAACGCACUAUGCAUCAUUGGCACCGAGGAGGCCUAUGACGUCAUUAACAGAGAGAAGCUUCUUCAGUAUUUGUACUCAUUGAAGCAACCCGAUGGCUCUUUUCUCAUGCACGUUGGAGGUGAGGUGGAUGUGAGAAGUGCGUACUGUGCCGCCUCCGUGGCUUCUCUGACCAACAUCAUCACCCCAGACCUCUUUGAGGGCACCGCCGAAUGGAUAGCGAGGUGUCAGAAUUGGGAAGGUGGAAUUGGUGGGGUUCCAGGGAUGGAAGCCCACGGUGGCUACACUUUCUGUGGCCUGGCUGCACUGGUCAUCCUCAAGAAGGAACGUUCCUUGAACUUGAAGAGCCUCUUGCAAUGGGUGACAAGCCGGCAGAUGCGGUUCGAAGGUGGAUUUCAGGGCCGCUGCAACAAGCUGGUGGACGGCUGCUACUCCUUCUGGCAGGCGGGGCUCCUGCCCUUGCUGCACCGCGCGCUGCAUGCUCAAGGCGACCCUGCCCUCAGCAUGAGCCACUGGAUGUUUCAUCAGCAGGCCCUGCAGGAGUACAUUCUUAUGUGCUGCCAGUGCCCCGCCGGGGGGCUUCUGGAUAAGCCUGGCAAGUCUCGGGACUUCUACCACACGUGCUACUGCCUCAGUGGCCUGUCCAUAGCCCAGCACUUCGGCAGUGGAGCCAUGUUACAUGACGUUGUCCUGGGCGUGCCCGAAAAUGCUCUGCAGCCCACUCACCCUGUGUACAAUAUUGGACCGGAUAAGGUGAUCCAGGCCACCAUGCACUUUCUGCAGAAGCCAAUCCCAGGCUUUGAGGAACAUCAGGAUGAAGCACCAGCAGAGACUGCCACCGACUAGAAGACACAGGGCCCCGGGCUCUACGUUUGCCCACCUCCCCGGUCAGACCAAGGUUUAUGCGUUUCGGUACAUACUGCAUUGUGUGCGGCAGAAGCCUUGGCCACUACGGAGCUGUGGUCCUUUGUCCCUUCUUGUCAAACAAAACAAACUGAUGGCUCUGGGUUUGGAGAACAUAGUGGUGUGGUUUUUUUAAAGAAAUUCUUUCCACUUCUGUCAAACCAAAACUCUGUCAGUCCGUGCGGCAUCUAACCCCGGCUCUGGCCUGGCCAGGAUUGCUGGGGACAGUGCAUGCUGGGUAGGACAAGUCCCUCGCCGCCAGCUCUCCGACCUGGAUGGUUGUACUGAAAUGAAUGGUGUCUGUGAGUCAUUGCUGCGAUUCCCCCCUGCGCGUCACCAUUAAGUCACCUGGAAGGUGCCCUCCCCUGAGUGGAAGUAAGACUGUUCCGUGCCAAGGGGGAGGGGGAGCUUGGGUCCCAUCACAGUGAAUUCUCUAGAAAAAAAUCAUGGUGGGACUUCACUGGGAGAUCCCCGACGCUCUCACCUCCCACCUGUUGUUUGCAAGGGAAAGGAGCUGGGGGUAGGGGAGAAAGGUCUCCUUGAGUUGUGAGUCCCUCCCCCUCCGCACUGGAGAACUGAGCCACACGUCUCCCCAGGGUCCCCCCGUUGGGUGCAGGGGCAGGAUUCGCUCUAGCCACAGGUGUGGUGACUUAGACCCAGGAAACAAAUGAUGAGUGGAAAAUGAACCUCUAGUUCGCUUCUGUGUCCAAGAAAGCAGCCCCAGCCCCCUCCCCCACCGCCGCCAUCAUGUAUGUGAAAUACCCACCUCGUGUCCCCAAGGCAGCACCUGCAGCCUGUGGCCAUUCUGCGUGUUUCCAUCGUUCUUUCAUCAGACCCUCAGCCCAUCGCCCUCAAAGACAGUGUUGUCUUCUCUCAUCCCGAGUAUUAACACUACUAGGUCUUUCACCUUAAUUUAACUCAGGAUUUAUCCACAUCCUGCUCACUCUAGGCUCACAGAGAUAAAAUCAAGUGCUAGAGAGGCUGGCGGCGGCCUCUGCUGCUCGCAGGGAGCCCUUUCUCGGUCAGCGGGGUGUUGAGUCGGGCCAUCUGUCCACUGCUGCAGUCACGGCACACUCCAUGUGGCCCACUGGCCUUCAUGUACGCAGCCACGCACUGCGAGCCGACAGGAGCUCAGAGGAGCAGCGCAAGGCUCUUCUCGAAACUCUGGCCGUCUGCUGCCUCUAAUUCCCUAUUGCUUUGGCGGAUUGGGCUAUGUAUUACCUCCUUGAAAUAAUAAAAGAAUAACAUUUUC